CUAUGCAUACGACUGCCCAGAGAGGUUCGAAGAGGAUCAGAACAGCGAAACGACGUGCUUCUCUGCAGGAAACUGGUGUUUUUCACGAUAACGUGUAGCAUAUCGAAGCGCGUAAUGCUGACCGUCACGAGAUAUCCUGUAAUCGCGGUUCGGAGUGUCGGUAAAUAAAUAAAGUAGCAUAUUUUAAGGCAACUCUCGGACGAUAGGGAACCGGAGAGCUGGCGGCUCGGCCACUCGGCCCCAGAAUGGACGAGAGAGAAGCGUAUCGUUGCGCCGUGAGCAUGGUGUGGGCAAGCGGAAAGCCGGACGACGAGGUCGCGAGCCGAGCCGAGCCGAGUCCGCCUCAGCCACCAGACGCAUGCGAUUUCGUGGCGGCGGUAGUCUAGCACGAGCCGCCGCUCAGGAGACACCCGUAGGGGACUUGCUUGUUUCAAGUGAAUGAACAAGAGAAGAUGCCUGGCCACCGUCAGCCUAAGUCCCUAGAGAGACUUAGUUUGGGACGUGUGUGUCAACAACUCGACGGGACGUGCCGCAGGCUGCAGGUGCUUUCACAAGAAUCAUCUGCUGCACAAGUAUUGGCAUACGCAAAGCAGACCAUUAGACCUUACUACAUAAAUGCCUUGCCAGCACGUUUGAGGUCUCAAGUUAUCGAAGAAACUUCAAAAAUGUUAUAUGGGCCUGCAUCAGAUGGAUCAACUUUAAUUUCUGGCCCAGCUCCUUUAUACUUAUUAGCCCUUCUUCUUGGACACGAUAUAAAACAGUUGAAAGUGAAUCUCUGCUGUUAUUAUGGAUGCAGCCAUCAGACAUCGUUACUAAAGCUACUUGCAUCAGAAGGAAUUGGACUUGAAUCUUUAGAGCUGGCUCGUUCAGCUUUAUUAAGAUUGGACUGCAAAUUAUUAAGAUGUGCUCUCUUAAAUAUGAAGAAUCUGAUGAGUUUAACUUUACGUAAUAUAGCCAGUGAUGUAGUGCUUCAAGUAGUGGGAAAAGCUUGUCCAAAACUUGUACACCUGGAUGUAGCUUGUUCCAGACAAGUAACAGAUGUAGGAUUGAAGCAAUUACUGUUACAAGUAGAACUUAGGGACAAGGUGCCCCAUACUGCGAUGCAAGAACCUACUAGUUGGUCCCGUUUAAAAACACUGCUUUCAAAAUUGAAAAUGAGAAAUUCUAAAUCAGAGAAAAAGGAGAAGCAAGGAGUACUUUUGGAAUACUAUGAAAGCAGAAACUUUCUCUGUGAUACGCUCAGAGUACUUAACGUCGCUAACACUGGUGUAACUAGUACAGGAGUACUUCUGGCUUUGGUACAUGUUCCACAGUUGGAAUCUCUAGCAGAAUAUAGCCAUAUGGGAAGAGUAGUGGAAAUUAUGAACAAAGGACUCAUUGGAUUUAAAACUCCAUUUAGUCUAACUCAAGCAAGAAGUUGCAGAACAACACCAGUUCGUUUAGAACUUUUAGCACAGGCAUGCCCAAGAGUUGAAAAAUUACAUAUUUCAGAGCCUCAUCAUCCUCCUGAGGCUUUGAGAUUAUUUCCCUAUGUCACUUCCUUGAGUGUGCACAGUAUACCAUCUCAAAGAGAAUGGUUGGACGGUUUUUACGAUUAUCUUCGCACUAACGGUCACAAUCUACGCGAACUUAAUUUGAGAAUAACGCAAAACGAAAAUCCUAUUCAAGUUGAUUUAAAAGAAGUUUUUAGUAAUUGUUCUAAUCUUAGAACGUUUACUAAUGAUGGAUCAAACAUAAUUUGGACAGAAGGUGCUGAUCCUCCUCCACUGAGAUAUUUGAAGAAAAUUCAAUUAGGCCGUAUAGUAAGUGCUGUUGCUAUUACAAAACUUCUUUCAUUAGCACCAGAGUUAACAGCACUACAUGUUCAUAGUUGUUUUGAUCUCACUAAUGAACACUUGGAAAAGUUAUUAAGUAUAUCGAACAAACACAGAAAUCCAAGAAAGUCUGAUAAGUGUGAAAAUAGUUUAGUACAAAACCUAACGUGUUUUUACAUAUACGAGGCCAGUAAGGUAUCUGCAACUACUGUGCUGAAUAUGUUUAAAAGCUGUAAAAGACUGAGAAAGAUUGGAAACUUGGCAAAUUGGGGUUUGGAUUGUGAAGGUGUAAGGAUGUUAAGAACAACAUUAACUCGCGCAAAUUUGGACGUGGAUUUAUGUCCAGGAGCUCAUUGGUUUUGUGGUAAUUGUAUCCAAUAACAGAUUUUUUCAAACUUCUAUGUAACAAAAACAGCUUUUUAAAAAUCCUGUCCAUGACAUAAUCGGCUGCUGUUUAAAUCUGUUAUACUUUAAUAGACUGUAAAAUUGUCAGUAUUAAAAAUAAUGUUAAUAAAUAUAAGAAAAUUUAUAUUUGGAUAAACGCAAAGAUACGUUUAUUAUGUAAUUAAACAAAUAUAAACAUAAUCGCAACUGGUAACAGUAAUUGGUCGUCUUAGCAUCUUAUAACAAAUAUAUUUUUGCUUCGUUUAAUAAAUUCAGAUUUGAUUUUGUAUGAUUAUAUACUUUGUUACGAUUAUAAAUACUAAAAUAAUAUUCAACAAUAACAUACUAAAUAUUAAAUAAAAAAACUAUAUUACUAUCUCACGUUGCAGUAACUUACUUUAUAGCAAUAAGAUUAACAAAUAAAUCAAAAUAUAUGAUAUGAAAUAUAUGAUUUCUUAUACUAUAAAAUAUAACUAUAUUAUGUAUUGAGUUAAAAAAGUUCCGUUAAAGAAAGUAAUGCCAGUAAAUAAGUGACAUGAUAAAAUAUAUAAAAAAUAAAUAAAUAAAUAAAAUGUAUUUGUCUUAAGUAUAAGUUGUACUACUACUACUUUCGAAUCGUAUAUUAAUAAUUACAUAAAAAUUUCGAAAAAGAAAAAGAGAAAAAUUGAUUUGUGUUGAAUGAUCCGAUAUAGUUCGAACUUAGUACAUACGUAUCAUAUUGCAAUAAAACAUUUUUGGCAAAAACA